CAUUCUUUAAUUAGACUCAGGUCUUUUCUUUUUUUUCCUACUUCCGGUCUUUUCUAGCUCAUACAGAAGGAUUUAAGGUGAAAGAGGACAAUUUUAUUUUCGUACUGACUCAUAGAGGAUGGACAAGAACCACACUACUAAAAAGAUUCUAAACCUCACCCUGGAGAUCAUCUACCUGCUGACCGGAGAGGAUUAUAUGGUAGUAAACAAGGAGUCAGGUGAGCGUGUGACAUCCAACAGCAGCCGCCGUCCCCGAGGGUCAGUAAGAUGGAGCAGUACCCAGAGCCCCAUCACUGAGCCCCCAACCCAAUCACUGAAACAUGAGAGAGACAAUGAGCAGAAGAUCCUGGAACUCACCAACAAGAUCAUUCACCUGAUGACUGGAGAGGCUUGCGACUACAUAGAUGAUGCUGAUGAUCUUUAUAAACACCUGAUAAUUGAGAAUCUCCAAACCCACACGCCACUGGCAGAUCAGUCUAACGCCAGAGAUACGGCAGAAAGACUCCAUAGACCAAGUCCCAUAAAUGACUGCCUGACUGCAGAACAGAGUGUUAAUGGCACAAGCCAGGGAACCAAAUACUCACCGAUGUGUAAUGAGGAGAAGAUCAAGUGUAAUAAAAAUCUGACUGAGGAAUCCAAUGUUAAAAGAGAUCUCCCAGACUCUGACACGGAGGCACCUACAGAGCAAACCAAGUAUCAUUCUGCCUCUAGUACGGAGGACUCUGGCUCCUGUGAAGAAGGAACACUUAUGGAACCCGGAGUCAGUACACAGACAGGAAACUCCAAUAUGGAAUAUAUGUCUGCUCUGUCUCACCAGAUGGCACCAGGCAUAAAGACUUAUAAGUGUUCCGAAUGUGAGGAGAGUUUUACAUGUAACUCCGAUCUCCUCAAACAUCAGACCCAUCACAGAGGCUCGCAGCUGUUUAUGUGCUCUGUGUGUGGGAAGAAUUUUACCAGCAAGUCCAAUCUGGCUAAGCACCAUAAAAUCCACACAGGGGAGAAACCGUACGCCUGUUCCGAGUGCGGGAAAACGUUCCGAGAGAAGCACUACCUGAUCUCACACCAGUCCGUCCAUAUUGGGCCACAACUGAUAGCCUGCCCUCAGUGCGGGAAGGGUUACACCUCCAAGUCAAACCUUACUAAGCACCAGAGAAUUCACACAGGAGAGAAGCCGUUUGCUUGCGCUGAGUGCGGGAAGUCUUUUAAUCAGAGGUCGGUGCUGAUGACGCAUCGCAGAACUCACACGGGAGAAAAGCCAUUUUCCUGUCACAUCUGUGGGAAGAGUUUUGCCGAUAACUUGCAGCUGGUCCGGCAUAGCGCCACUCACACUGGGGAGAAGCCAUUUAUUUGCUCGGAAUGUGGAAAAUGUUUUAGCCAAAGGAACAUUCUCCUUAAGCAUCUACACAUUCACAAGUGAUGGAAGCGGCUAUUUGGAAUUUCCCUGUCUACUUCACUGUGUUUUGCAGCUGCUCAUUGUGUUGGGCAAUCGUAAGGGGAGGGUGAUUUAUCAAAUAUUGGAGAGAGAUAAAGUACCAGCCAAUCGGCUCCUAACUUGUCAUUUCUCAUACGUCCUAGAGGAUGCUGGGGUCACUUCAAGAACCAUGGGGUAUAGACGGGAUCCGCAGGAGACAUGGGCACUUUAAGACUUUCAAAUGGUGUGAACUGGCUCCUUCCUCUAUGCCCCUCCUCCAGACUCCAGUUUAGAAUUGUGGCCAGGCAGACUGGAUGCACUCUGAGCUGAGGAGCUCUACUGAGUUUCUCUGAAAAGACUUAUGUUAGUUUUUUUAUUUUCAGGGAGAACUGCUGGCAACAGUCUCCCUGCUUCGUGGGACUUAGGGGAGAGAAGUCAGACCUACUUCUAGUGAGUUUCAAGGCUCUGCUUCUUUGGCUACAGGACACCAUUUGCUCCUGAGGGUUUGAUCACUAGGUACGCCUAGGGGCUCAUUCCCAGAGCCGGCCGUCAACCCCCUUAUAGAGCCAGAAGUCAGAAGACAAGUGAGUAGAAGAAGCAAAGAAGACUUCAGUGACGGCUUCUGAGGUACCGCAUAGCGAUCGUACACUGCGCGCCAUGCUCCCACACACAGAGGCGCUCCAGGGUGCAGGGUGAGGGGGGGGGGCCUGGGCAGCAUAUAUACCUCAAUAUAAGACUGGCAACAGGGAACAUAGGUGCCGGGGCACUGUCCUAACCCCCGCCAGUAUAAAGAUUUUAACUAAAAUAGCGGGACUGAAGCGCGCCAUUACGGGGGCGGGGCUUAGCUCACACAGCCAGCGCCAUUUUCUAUUGAAGAACACUGGUUCUUCCUCACACUGCUGAAUGUAUCAGGGUGCAAAA